UCUCCGUAGCUCUCUUCGGGGAACAUUAUUCACUUCAGGAAGUUCAUUCAGAAGGUGCUUAGCAUAAGAAGAGGAAAAGCCAGCAUGGCAGCAGACAGCAACAUGGCUCCUGAAGAAAAGCCGAGUGCUACUCCUGCAAAAAGGGCUGUCCACAAGAUCCGAAUGGCCAGCCUAGUCUUCAGCUUGGCGCGAGGUUGGCAGCAGUGGGUGUCUGACCACCAUGUAAAGCAAGCCCAAGAGCCCUCUGGAUGGGUCCCCCCUACAGAAGACUUAUCAGCUUACCCUGUACAAGAAAGAUCUUUUGAAAAAUGGCCAAUUCCAUCUGUCAAGAGGGACCAAGGAAAAGAUGACGAAAAAUCCUCAGCAAAGGAAUCAGUAACAAUAAGGGACACUGAAAAAAAAUCAAGGGAAUCAGAUGAAGCCCUCAAAAAGUUCAGUUUUAAAAGCAAAGAGGUGACCAAAACAGUUGUAAGCAAAGGCUACGAACGAGGAGGUGAUGUUAGCCUCCUCAGUGAAAGAUACGAGAAUAAGAAUAGUAGCUCAGAGAUGACCAAGCUUAAAGAAGAAUCAAGUGCUAUUGACAAAAUCCUUAGUGACAAAUUAUCUCCAACCAUAAGGAGAAAGUGUUCAAACGUGGUAUCAGAGCUGACCAAGGGCUGGAAACAGAUGGAACAGGAGGACAAAGAGGGGGUUAAGGAAGAACUGCUGCUUAAGCGUCACGAUGACAGCCUGGAUGCAGAGGACAGUGGCUAUGGGGAAGCAGAGGACAAACUCGAGCAAGACGACAGCGACCGAGAGGUGACGGCUGUGAGGAUUAAACGACCUGUGCCAUCUUUUGCAAGCAGGUUUAGCGAAGAAGCAAGUACCAAAGCCCACAGGAAAUACAGCCCCGUUAACAGCCUGAAGGACAGAUGGCAAGAAUGGGCCGACCAGCACAUGAUAACGCAGAAGCUGAAUCCCUUCAGCGAGGAAUUUGACCAUGAGCUGGCCAUGUCCACACGCCUGCACAAAGGAGAUGAAGGGUACGGCCGUCCAAAGGAAGGAACCAAAACUGCUGAAAGGGCCAAGAGAGCCGAGGCCCACAUCCACCGGGAGAUUAGAGACAUGUGCUUCAUCAUUCAAUCAAUGGCUAAGCCACGGCCCGACGGCAAGAUCCAGGUCACUUUUGGGGAACUCUUCGAGAGAUACGUUCGUAUUUCAGAUAAGGUUGUUGGGAUUCUCAUGAGAGCCAGGAAACAUGGGCUGGUGGACUUUGAGGGAGAAAUGUUAUGGCAAGGAAGGGAUGAUAAUGUCAUAAUUACUUUAUUAAAAUAAGCCUGCUACAACAAG